GGAAUGUGUGCGAAACCAGAACAAGAAGACGAAUUAAAUUAAUCGAGAACCUGGUCAACUUAGCUCUAUUUCUGUCUCUCCAGUUUAAUUAAUUCGAUUCAAUUAUUAUUCAACCCUAAAAGCUUCAAAUAUUUGGUUGCUCACUCAAUAUUUCAGUUCGAUGAGGAUCAGACUUAAUGCAUCCGAGAAUUCCAAACAAGGUUUCUUGUUCAGAUCACUUUAGUACAGUAACGAACUGGGUUUACUUCAAAUUAUGAAAACACAUCGUGUUUUAUAUGUGGGUCUUGUUAUUUUGGUACUUGCCGUUGACUGUUCCAUUCUUGAUUUUAAGGUGAGUGUGAGUGCCAACACUGAUUUGCAAGAUUCACAAACAAAUAACAAAAAAGAUCCGAAAGAAGGUAAUAAUCUAAGUUCGGUUACUGAUUCUAGUGGGGUUGAUAAAGGGCAGAAAACCGAAGAAAAUCAAGGAGAUGAUUUGAAGGAGAAAAUUGUUGGUGACACGAAAAGUAAGGAUGAUAAAUCGGGUGACAAAUCGAAGUCCCGAAAUGAGGUUAUGAAAAAUACGAAUAGUAAUGAUUUGAACAGCCAGUCUGAGAUCAAAACAACAGAUAAUUCUGCAGAGGGCAUGGGUGAUUUGAAUGAGAAGGGGAUUGUUGAUGAUGGUAAGAAUGGCAAGAUUGUCGACAAAGAGAAAAAUGUUAAUGGAGGGAAUUCGGGGAUUGCAACGAAGGAUUCUCAUGAAGAGUGCGAUCCAUCUAACAGGUGCAUUGAUGAGGUGAACCAGUUGGUUGCUUGUAUAAGAGUACAAGGAAAUGAUAAACAAUCACUUUUUGUUCAGAAUAGAGGGAAAAUGCCUGUCACAGUUGCUAUUUCUGCUCCGGAGCAUGUUCAACUAGAGAAAGAAAUUCAACUCCAAGCAAAAGAAGACAAAAUGGUUCAAGUCUCUAUCACUCACGAAGGAAGUGACAACAUGAUUGUUUUAAAGGCCGGAAAAGGUCAUUGCAACUUGGAUAUAAAGCAUUUGAUCGCAGAAAAUUUCGGCCACAAUUCCGAUGGUUCCCGAAAUUCUAGUUACAUAAACUUCAUGACACGAACUCCUACCAUUGUUAUCUUAGCAUUUGCUGCUCUGCUGGUACUGACAUUAGGGUGGACAUGCAUUAGCUUGCGGAGGAAGCAACUAUCUAGCAGUGCCUCAAAAUAUCAAAAGCUAGAUGCUGAACUACCAGUUUCAGUUGGGGUUAAAGCAGACUCGGAACAAAAUGAUGGAUGGGAUGACAAAUGGGAUGAUGAUUGGGAUGACGAGGAAGCACCUAAGACGCCGUCAAUGCCAGUUACUCCAAGCCUCUCAUCCAAAGGUCUGGCCUCGAGGCGAUCGAGCAAGGAAGGGUGGAAAGAUUAGCAUUGGAUAGAACUCGGGGGGAAGAAAUUAGUAUCGAUAUAGUUACGUGGAGAUUAUCGAUUUUUCGGCAAGUAGUCAGUUCAAUUUUUUUCCCGGUGGAGAUGGAAUCUUAAAGAACGUUUGGCAUUUAUGCUUCAUGGUUAUAAAAUAUGGUUUUCACACUGCAUAUAGAUUAUAGGUCCUAUGUAUGUUUAUUCAAAUUUAAGUGUGUAUCUAUGAUUAUUACAUCUAAUCGAUCAGGCAUGUUACACUAAUUCAAUGAAUCAAUAUAAGUAUGGCGUGCAUUUAGUUUUAAA